AUGAAUGACGCUGUCUCCCAAAAUUCAUCGUCUUCCUCUGAGCUCGAAUCCCCGUCCACUGCCAGUGCUCCGACCGGUCUCGAUUCUCUCAAAGCACCACGGGAACUCGCUCUUGCCCUACCUCUCGCCGUUGUCCGCGACUCCGGCUCCACCUAUGCUCUGCCUGCUUACAGGCAGCAGUACAGAGCUAGGAGGAGCUCCCCGUCGUCCCCCUGCUCAUCACCAAAUGUUGAGCUUGUGAAGAUCACACAAGACAUGAAGUCAUUCAAGGCAUACGACAAGCUGCGUCUGGAGCGAACGAAUGCACGCCACGUUGGUGUUAGAGCCAAGAGGGCAGCCGAAGCUGAGAAGGAAGACAAGAAGUAGGUACAAGUGAAGUGAUUGUGAGUUUGUGAUUCAGCAAACUGUUUAAUCUGUUUUGCUUUGGGGCUGGACCGAUUAUCUUGAUUUUGGUUGAAAUUUUCUUAGUAUUUUCAGCUCUUUGUAUUGAAUUAUCUGAGACAGCAAAUCUUUUUAUCGUUUUGUCA